AUGUCGGCCGGAAGUGGUCACCAUAGUCUUAUGGGAGGUACGCCUCACCAGGUCCCCGGACCAAGAACACAGGGAGCUGCAACUGGUGGUCAACCGCUUUCGGCGACUGCUAACCAAUUUGUGGAUAAAAUUGAUCCAUUCAGCAAACGUGGGACUAGCAGAAGAAGGAGGAUUGUUAAUAGCAGUCGGUAUCACGCCGAAAAUGAGCCUGAAUUGGUUCAACUCCCACUAAUCAAAGAUACGCCAGCCAAUGAUCAGCCCGCUCUUGUUCUUCAAAAGUUGGCUCAAUGUCAAAAAAUCUUCGACUUUUAUGAUCCAGUGGCGCAGCUCAAGAGUAAAGAGAUUAAACGUGCGGCAUUAAACGAACUGAUCGAUCAUAUAACAACUACAAAAGGAGCAAUAGUGGAGUCGAUUUACCCUGAGGUAAUCAAAAUGGUUUCGAAAAAUAUAUUCCGUGUAUUACCACCAUCGGAUAACUCUGAAUUCGAUCCCGAGGAAGAUGAACCAACUCUAGAAGUGUCUUGGCCACACUUACAGCUUGUGUAUGAGUUGUUCUUACGUUUUCUGGAGUCGCCAGAUUUCCAAGCGUCAAUUGGGAAGAAGUACAUUGACCAGCGCUUCGUACUGAAUCUUCUUGAUCUAUUUGAUUCUGAGGAUCCGCGAGAACGUGACUUUCUAAAGACGGUCCUGCAUCGUAUUUAUGGAAAGUUUCUGGGACUCCGGGCUUUCAUUCGUAAGCAGAUCAACAACAUGUUCUUAUCUUUCGUUUACGAGACUGACUCAUUUAACGGAGUUGGAGAACUAUUGGAAAUCCUCGGAAGCAUUAUCAAUGGUUUUGCCUUGCCGUUGAAGCAGGAACAUAAGGUGUUCCUUGUCAAAGUUCUGCUGCCACUACACAAGCCAAAGUGUUUAUCACUUUACCAUGCUCAGCUUGCCUAUUGCGUCGUGCAAUUCAUUGAAAAAGAUUCAAGCUUGACGCCACAAGUUUUCGAUGCCCUCCUGAAAUUUUGGCCCAGGACGUGUAGCAGUAAGGAAGUCAUGUUCCUUGGUGAAGUCGAGGAAAUACUGGAUAUUAUUGAACCUGAGCAAUUCAAGAAAAUCAUAGACCCGCUAUUCCGGCAGCUAGCGAAAUGUGUCAGCAGUCCACACUUCCAGGUUGCUGAACGAGCUUUAUACUUCUGGAAUAAUGAGUAUAUUCUUUCACUAAUUGAGGAUACAAGUGCGCAGGUGAUGCCUAUAAUGUUCCCAGCAUUGUAUCGUAUUUCGAAGGAACACUGGAAUCAAACUAUCGUGGCUCUGGUAUAUAAUGUCUUGAAAACCUUCAUGGAAAUGAAUGGCAAGCUCUUCGAUGAGCUUACCAGUACCUACAAAAUGGAGCGACAAAAGUUGGUUGUUCUCUAUGAUAUUUAUCGGGAGCGAAAGCGGGAGAAGGACCGAGAGGAUUUGUGGAAAAGAUUGGAGCAGCUUGAACUAAACCCUCCUGACGCCAAUAAUCCCCCUCGUAUAUUCCCAAACACACCGCUCACUCAGUUCAUUCAGAAUAUUUGCAGCCGAGACCUAGCUCGAGUUCCUCUACAACAAAAGAGGGUGAAAAGUCGCCGGCUAGUGGAAAAAAGCUAUCGAGCGGUAGCGUGGGUGGCACAAGCCCAUCAGGAAAGAAGUGAGGACCUGUUUGAUGCAGUUGAAUUGGCUCUUUUGUGA